CAGCAAAGCCAACGGGCCCACCCCAUGGAGCCAUGCGGGGUGACGGAGGCGGCCAAUGGCUCCACCGAAGGCUUGGACUUCAACCCCAUGGAGCAGUACAUGAUCCUCAGCGACCCCCAGAAGAUAGCUGUUGCCGUGCUGUGCACGCUCCUGGGCCUGCUGAGCGCCCUGGAGAACCUGGCCGUGCUCUACCUGAUCCUGUCUUCCCACUGGCUCCGCCGGAAGCCCUCGUACCUGUUCAUCGGCAGCUUGGCUGUGGCUGACUUCCUGGCCAGUGUGGUCUUUGCCUGCAACUUUGUAAAUUUCCACGUCUUCCAGGGUGUGGAUUCCAGGGCUGUCUUCCUGCUGAAGAUCGGCAGCGUGACCUUGACCUUCACUGCCUCCGUGGGUAGCCUGCUGCUGACCGCCAUUGACCGCUACCUCUGUCUGCGCUACCCACCUAGGUACAAAGCCCUACUGACCCGUGGGAGGGCGCUGGUGACCCUGGGCGUCAUGUGGGUCCUCUCGGCGCUGGUGUCCUACCUGCCCCUCAUGGGGUGGACUUGCUGCCCCAGUCCCUGCUCCGAGCUCUUCCCCCUGAUCCCCAACGACUACCUGCUGAGCUGGCUCCUGUUCAUCGCCUUCCUCUUCUGUGGCAUCAUCUGCACCUACGUGCACGUCCUCUGGAAAGCCCGUCAGCACGUAGCCAGCUUGGCUGGGCACCAGGACCAGCAGGUGCCGGGAGUAGCCUGGAUGCGGCUGGACGUAAGGUUGGCCAAGACCCUGGGCCUGGUGCUGGCUGUGCUGCUCCUAUGCUGGUUCCCAGUCCUGGCCCUCAUGGUCCACAGCCUGGUGGCCACGCUGAGCGAGCAGGUCAAGAAGGCCUUCGCUUUCUGCUCGAUGCUGUGCCUCGUCAACUCCAUGGUGAACCCCGUCAUUUACGCCCUGCGGAGUGGGGAGAUCCGCUCCUCUGCCCAACGCCGCCUGGCCCGCUGGAAGAAGCGCCUGCAGGGCCUGGGGCGAGAAGAAAAAGAAGAGGCCCCAAGGUCAAGGUCAUCCAUCUCAGAGACGGACAGGAACUUCACCCUGGGGCCAGAGUCUGGAGGGCAGUAGCGCUCGGAGCUCGGGCGAUGCCUCCACUCCAGGUCUGAAGCGACACUGCUCUUACGGGAACAGGGGAUGCCACAGCUACUCCAUUAGGCUGCGAGGUGCUGGGACCGACUUCCCAGAGAGCCCUGCCUUGCAAGCAGCCUGUUGAAGAGCAAGGUCCUGUGGCUGGGAGACAAAGGGCUGGGCGUCAGGCCCAGCAACGCCCUGCCCCGCAACAUGUCUCAGCACCUGUGUCCCCCAGAAACCACAGGCGCCCAGGGAGCCUUCCACCCCAGCACUGAGGGACUCAGAGGAAGUCCAAGCAGGAUUCUUCUAGAAACCCUGGUACCACUGCUGAUCUUUGGGCCUCCUUGGGUCUGGAACUACGAGAGAUCACACCUCUGGGUCACCUGGGCCCACGGAGGGCCGAGGACUGUGAUGUGCUGAGUGUCCGGGUGUUGGCCCCUCUUCCAGAGGUGCGGGAUGACAUCAGCUUCAGGUCCCUUGUUCGGAAUGAGGGCCCCACCCCCACAUCCUAACAGCCCCCACUCUCAGCUCCUUGGCGGAGGCACAAACAUUCGAGACAGAGACUCUUCAGAAAAUUGUGUUGGCGCCUGUGCUGUGGCACAGUGGGCUAAGCCUCCCGCCUGUGAGGCCAGCAUCCCAUAUGGGCGCUAAUUUGUGUCCUGCUGCUCCGCUUCCAAUCCAGCUCUCUGCUAUGGGCCCCUGCACCCUCACGGGAGACUGGGAAGGAGCUCCUGGCGCCUGCCUUCCGAUUGGCCCAGCUCUGGCCAUUGAAGCCAUUUGGGGAAUGAA